AUGAGUGACUUAAAUUUUUGGAUUAUUAAUACAGCUCACUAUUUGUUUUACCUACAAAUCAUACAUACAAUGUAUAAUCUUAAUUGGUCAGAAUACAAUUGGGUAAAAACUAGACACAAAUAUUUCUUUAAAAUGUUGUCCGACAAUAGAAAAAAGUUUCUUUUAUUUGGGGCAUCUCUAGCAAUAUUACUUUACAAUAAUAUAAAGUUAUUUGAUCAACAUUUUGUUGUAAUCUUGAUUGCAUACUUCAUUAUGAAAUAUGAAAAAUUGGAGAAAUCUACGAUCAACUAUGGAGUUGGUAUGGCAUGUAGCUUCUAUGAAGGGAGUUCAAUAAAAAAGGAUCCAAGCUUACCAUACCUGGAAGCUUGCCAGUCUUUGGGAGACGUGAAGAAAGACCAGGCUGGUGUAAAGAACCGCAUAUACAGAAACAGUGCUUAUAAAAUUCACCGAGCAGGAACCGAUCCCGUAUACCUAGCCGUGGAGUGCGCUACACCACUACACACACUACACAAAGUUCUUAAGAACCGGACUAUAUAUGAAGAGCUGGGCAGCAUAAAUGCGGAAGAAGUAGUGUCUGAUUUCUGUGAAACCCUUGGGACUAUUAUCAGGAAGACCCCCGAGUGCAGAGGCAAAUGCGAGCUGGUCUAUUAUGACGACGAGGACCCAAACCAGAAUUUAGCGGAAAUUCUUCUUGACAGAAUCGAAACGUUAAGAAAUCUGAGACUAUAG